UCCUGCUCCAGCACCGAGCAGAGGGAGGAAAGAUGGCGGCGACCGAGGCUGACAGAGAUCCGUCCGCUCUAUGCUCGGAGUUCCUGGAUUUCUCCGCCAAAGACACCGCGUCGCGGUGGCUUGCAGCUGCCGACCUGCAGCAGGAAGUGUGCCGUCACCUGGCCAUAUACGUACCCAGAAUCUUUUGCUUGGGGCUGAGCGGCAGUGACAGAGAGGAGCAGAGGGAGGAGCUCGCUUGUCAGCUCCUCCUCCUUGCACCACUGGAGUGGCUCCUUCUGGGGGAGGAGCCAGCGGCUGGUCUGGCGCUGCUGCAGGAGAACAACCAACCAUCAGCGCUUUGCGGGCACGUGUUUAAGGUGGGAGAGCCCACCUACUCCUGCAGGGAAUGUGCGGCCGACCCGACAUGUGUCCUUUGCAUGAAGUGUUUCUUGGGCAGCGUUCAUAAAGAGCAUCGAUACAGGAUGACAACGUCCGGAGGAGGUGGUUUCUGUGACUGUGGAGACUCUGAAGCCUGGAAGACCGGUCCUUACUGCCAGAAACACACACCGGGAGAUGGCAACCAGGACACCGAAGAGGACCCCGUAGCUCAGCUACCCACUGACAUGGUCGGCCGUGCGUUCAGUGUCUUUUUCAUCAUCCUGAAGUAUGCCGUCGACCUGCUGACCUGGGAGCACGAGGACCUGCUCCCCGCAGGCCUGCAGCCACCGGAGCGAGAGGACACCUACUACUGCAUGCUGUUCAAUGAUGAAGUGCACACGUAUGAGCAGGUGAUCUAUACGCUGCAGAAAGCUGUCAGCUGCAGCCAGAAGGAGGCCGUGAGCUUCGCCACUACGGUGGACCGAGACGGCAGGAAGUCGGUUCGGUAUGGAGACUUCCAGUUCUGUGAACAGGCCAAGUCCGUGAUUGUGAGAAACACCAGCCGUCAGUCAAAGCCUCUCCGGGUUCAGGUGAUGCACUCGUCUGUCGUUGCUCAUCAGUGUUUUGCUCUGAAGGCUCUGAGCUGGCUGGGUCAGAUCAUUCAGUACUCUGACGGCCUGAGGAGGAUCCUGUGUCAGGUGGGAUUGCAGAAAGGUCCAGAGGGAGAGAACUCCUCGCUUGUCGACCGACUGAUGCUCAACGACUCCAAGAUGUGGAAAGGAGCGAGGAACAUCUAUCACCAGCUACUCAUGAACAGCCUCCUCAUGGACCUCAAAUACAAGAAGAUCUUUGCCAUCCAAUUUGCCAAGAAUUACGAACGCUUGCAGAGCGACUAUGUGAAAGACGACCACGGCCGUGAGUUCUCCAUCACUGACCUGUCAGUGCAAAUGUUCACCGUACCGUCACUGGCCCGGAUGCUGAUGGUGGAGGAGAACCUGAUGACCACCAUCAUCAGGACCUUUGUGGAUCACCUCCGCCACAGAGACCCGCAGGGGCACUUCCAGUUCGACCGCUACACCGCCCAGCAGGCCUUCAAGUUUGGGAGAGUCCAGAGCCUUGCUUCUACAUGCAGGUAUGUCCUGAUCAGCCCUCCGUCCAAGUGGUGCGAUCAGCUCAGACUCAAGUUUCUAGAAGGUUUCUACGCUUUUCUGGAGCUGCUCAAGUGCAUGCAGGGCAUGGACCCAGUGGUGAGGCAGGUGGGGCAGCAUAUUGAGAUGGAGCCUGAGUGGGAGGCGGCGUUCACGCUGCAGAUGAAGCUGACCAACAUCAUCACGAUGAUCCAGGAGUGGUGCUCCACUGAUGAGCGUGUGCUGAUCGAGGCCUACAAGAAGUGUCUGAGCGCUCUCAGUCACUGUCAUAACAGCCUUCCAGAUGGUGAGCAGCCAAUCAGCUUGAGCCUGGCAGGCCACAGUGUGGAAACGUUCAGGUAUCAGGUGUCUCAGGAAAAAGUCUCCAUACACCUGCCGGUGUGCAGGCUGCUGGCAGGUCUGCACAUCCUCCUCAGCAGAACAGAGGUGGCGUCUCAUUUCCCUGAGCAGCUCCCAUUGGGUGAACUAAGCCCCCCCCUUCUGAUCGAACUCCCCCUCCGUUGCCUGGUGCUCUGUGCCCAGGUGCAUGCUGGGAUGUGGAGGAGGAACGGAUUCUCACUGAUUAACCAGAUUUAUUAUUACCACAAUGUAAAGUGUCGAGUCGAGAUGUUCGACAAAGACAUCAUCAUGCUACAGGCAGGGGCGUCCAUGAUGGAUCCAAACCACUUCCUGAUGAUCGUUCUGAGUCGAUUUGAAGUGUUUCACGUUUUCAGCACUGCUGACAUCAGGAAAAGAUACAGAGAGGCCAACAAGGACCUGGUCCAGCAGAACACUCUCAUCGAAGAGAUGCUUCAUCUCAUCAUUAUGGUGGUCGGUGAGCGGUACGUGGCGGGCGUUGGCCAGGUGGAGCCCUACGAUGAGGUCAGAAGAGAAAUCAUCCACCUGCUGUCCAUCAGACCGAUGGCUCACAGCGAGCUUGCCAAGGCUCUACCUGAGAAUGGGAACAAGGAGACGGGGCUGGAGAGAGUCAUCGACAGCGUGGCUUCAUUCAAGAAGCCAGGUGUGACAGGUAGAGGGCUGUAUGAGCUCCGCCCUGAGUGGAACAGAUACUUCAACCUGUACUUCCAUCACUACAGCAGAGCUGACCAGUCAAAGGCUGAGGAAGCUCAGAGGAAGCUGAGGAGACAGAGUGGCGAGGACACAGCCCUGCCCCCUCCCCCUCCUCCCCCCCUCUGCCCUCUCUUCGGCAGCCUGGUGAACCUCCUGCAAUGUGAUGUGCUGCUCGCCAUAGAGGGCGCCGUGCUGCAGUGGGCCGUGGAGCCCAGCGGGGGGGGCUGGACUGAGUCCAUGCUGCAGAGGGUGCUCCACCUGGUGGGCAUGGCUCUGCUGGAAGAGCAGCAGCAGCUGGAGAGCAGCAGCGGAGAUGAAGAGUGUGUGUGUGUGUGUGUGUGUGUGUGUUUAGGUCCAGGUGAAGCUCCCAGUACUUCAGGAAGUGUCCUGGCUCUGCUGGAAAGUCUGCAGAACACUCCUCACCUGGAAGUCCACAAAGACAUGAUCACCUGGAUUCUCAAGAUGGUGUCAAACAUCAAAAUGAUGAGAGAGCGAACAUCGUCAGCCUCCUCUUUUACCGUCAGCCUGGAAAGAGGCUCUGAGGAGACGAUGAGGGACAAAGAUAAGGCAGAGAGGAAGAGGAAGGCGGAGAUGGCGAGGCUCCGCAGGGAAAAGAUCAUGGCUCAGAUGUCAGAGAUGCAGAAACACUUCAUCAACGAGAACAAAGAGCUGUUCCAGCAGAGCAUGGAGGAGCUGGAGGCGUCCACGUCAGCCGCCGACCACAGUCCUCCCAGUGCAGAGCUCACCUGUGUGGCCCAGGUGGCCGUUGGUCCCAGGAGGGUGGGAGGGACUGAGCGCCGACAGCUGGUCACCUGUAUCCUGUGUCAGGAAGAGCAAGAGGUCAGAGGUCACAGCAGAGCAAUGGUGCUUGCAGCAUUUGUCCAAAGGUCCACUGUUCUGUCCAAAACCCGCCACUGCAACCUGCCCAACCCAGAGCACCGUGACCCCCUGUUCAUGCACCCCGACCUCUGUCUGGGGAUUCACACCGCCAGCUGUGGACACAUCAUGCACGCCACCUGCUGGCAGAGGUACUUUGAGGCGGUACAGCUGAAGGAGCAGCGGCGUCAGCAGCGUCUGAGAGGCCACACGAGCUACGACGUGGAGAACGGCGAGUUCCUCUGUCCGCUCUGCGAGUGUCUGAGCAACACCGUGAUCCCCAUGCUGCCGCACGCAGCCUCACCUGACCACAGUGUUGAAAAUCCUAGUUUCGAGGUGUGGCUUAAGACAACCAAUCAGCUGAUAGCAGCUCUGCACUCUGCACACAGGACGCAGUCUGAUGGUGCAGCAGAAGAGGCGGAGCCUGUCGUUCCUCAAGGGUUCAGAGUAGACUUCACGCCGCAGAACCCGUUCUCAAGCUGCAUCAGUGAGAUGAUUACCACCUUCAGCCUGUCCACCUAUAAGGUGGGACUGAAGGUGAACCCCAACGAGCAGGACCCCCGAGUCCCGGUGCUGAGCUGGUCCUCCUGCGCCUACACCAUCCAAAGCAUAGAGCGCCUGCUAAUGGAUGAGGAGAAGCCACUUUUUGGAAGUUUACCUUGCCGACAGGACGACUGUUUGAGUUCUCUCACCAGGUUCAGUUCAGCGUGUUGGACUGCAGCUCCUCUGAAAACUGUUCACACCCACUUCAUCAGACUGUUGUCAGCUCUGGUUCCAGACGCUCAGGUAGAAAAUACUCCGAGUAUCCUCGAGAUCGACAUGUUUCACCUGCUGGUUUACUCUGUGCUGGCAUACUCCUCCGUUCACUGUUUGGACCAAUCAGGAUGCGGUGUGGUGGACUCGGGCCACCUCCACCUCCUUCACUUGGUCACUGUGGCUCACCUGGUUCAGAUCCUGCUCACCUCCACCACAGAGGAGGUAUGUAUGGAUCAGGACAACAGUGGAUCAGAGGAGGAGGAGCUCACCUGUCAGCUGUACAGCACACUGAGGAAACACCUGGGCAGUGUGUUACCUGAGGUGUCCUCUGGGUGGCAGCUGUAUCGUUGUCUUAAAGCCGGUGUCCUGCCGUUCCUCCGAGCCGCCGCCCUCUUCUUCCACUACCUGAACUCCACAGCGCCACCCGCUGAGCUGAUGAUUGCAGGUCCUGGUCAGUGGGAGGCACUGUGCAGCUACCUCAGCCUGCCCUCCAACCUGCUGCUGCUUCACCACAACCAGCAAACACUGCUGAAGCCGCUCAUACACAGUUGGUGCUGUCAUCCAGGUGUGAGACAGACACUGCAGGGGGGCGGAGCCAUCAUCAGGUUCCCCAGAGAGUCAAAUCGACUCAUCGAGUUGCCGGAAGAUUACAGCGUGCUCAUCAAUCAGGCGUCCAGCUUCACGUGUCCGCGCUCAGGCGGGGAUAAGUCUCGCGCUCCCACGCUGUGCCUGGUGUGCGGCUGCAUGCUGUGCUCUCAGAGUUACUGCUGUCAGACGGAGGUGGACGGCGAGGACGUGGGCGCCUGCACCGCACACACCUUCACCUGCGGAGCUGGCCUCGGCCUAUUCCUCAGGGUCAGAGAGAGUCAGGUGUUGUUCGUAGCAGGUAAAACAAAGGGCUGCUUCUACCCGCCCCCGUACCUGGAUGACUAUGGAGAAACCGACCAGGGCCUCAAGCGUGGGAAUCCUCUCCACCUGUGUGCCGAGCGUUACAGGAAGAUCGAGCGUCUGUGGCGCCAGCACGGCAUCGCUGAGGUCAUAGGUCACGCCCAGGAGGCCAAUCAGGCGCUGGUUGCUAUCGACUGGCAGCACCUGUGAUGUUUGACUCUGCGCCGCCCCUGCCCUUAGAGAGACACUGAUUGGCUCUCAAUUGUGUCCCGCCCCUUUCUAUAUAAACCACAUCCUUGAACCAAUAAGCUGCCUGCUUGAUGCUGAGUUGCUUUCAGGGAUUUUUCACCUUUGACCCUCCACAUGUCUCCCCACCAAUCAGUGUGGGACAGGAACAGGAAACUCGAAUUCGGUCCAGUGACGCCCUGCCUCCUGACUUCAAACACAUCACCACCUUCAUUUCUGAUUGGCUAAGAGCAUAAAGCAGCCGUCUCCAUGGUAGCAGAUUGAUGGAUGGAUGUCAGUAAAGUGUCUGGUAGGGGCUGAGCUGAAGACUGAUCAGUGAAGACAUAUCAGAGCACAUAUCAGCGAUCGCUUUUUACUUUAGUUUAACAUUUUGCUUAGAACUGAUUGGUGGCGUGCUGUGUGAUGUCACUUUCUGUGUUUUACUUUUGAAUGCUGAGAAAUUUUAUUUAAAACUUGGCGCGGUCAGGUCUUCAGCUUGAUGUCUUUUGUUUUUUGGGGGUAUUUUUUAAUGGCUGUCAGCUGAGCGCCUCAUUGAUCACAUGAUCUGUUAAUAUGUGAAUUCCUGUAUAAACGAGGACGUGUAUGAUAAAAACAAUAAAAACUUUAAAGUGACAUCA